AUGGGGCUCCCUAAUGGGUCUCUUGCGUCCCUCCUAUUCCGCCUCUUCCUCCUACUCCAGGUGCAGGUUUGCCGGCUGCCUUGCGCGGCCUCCGAGCCUUGGCAGGCGGGCUCCAGGGGUGCUGAAGUGACCUUGGAGGCAGGAGGCGCGGAGCUGGAACCGGUCCAGGCUCCGGAGAAAGUAGUUUUCGUGGGCUGCCCUGGGCAAGAGUCGGCCCUGCUUAGCACUGACAAUGACUUUGCUGCACUGAACGACAGAACCGUCCAGGAAAGGAAAGCAUUGAAGAACUCCCCAUCCAAACGUAUCUUACGAAGACACAAGAGAGAAUGGGUGGUCCCGCCGAUAUCUGUCUCUGAGAAUGGCAAGGGUCCCUUCCCUCAGAAGCUGAAUCAGCUUAAAUCUAGUAAGGACAAAGGCACUAAGAUUUUCUACAGCAUCACAGGGCCUGGGGCAGACAGCCCCCCUGAGGGUGUCUUCUCCAUAGAGAAGGAAACAGGCUGGUUGUUAUUGAAUAAGCCAUUGGACCGGGAGAAGAUUGCUAAGUAUGAGCUCCUGGGCCACGCUGUGUCAGAGAAUGGAGCCUCAGUGGAAGAGCCCAUGAACAUCUCCAUUAUCGUGACAGACCAGAAUGACCACAAGCCCAAGUUCACCCAGGAUGUCUUCAGAGGGAGUGUCUUGGAGGGGGUACUUCCUGGCACUUCUGUGAUGCAGGUGACAGCCACGGAUGAGGACGAUGCCAUCAACACCUACAAUGGGGUGGUUGCUUACUCCAUUCAUAGCCAAGAGCCAAAGGACCCUCAUGACCUCAUGUUCACUGUCCACCGGAGCACAGGCACCAUCAGCGUCAUCUCCAGCGGCCUGGACCGGGAGAGAGUCCCUAAGUACACACUGACUGUCCAGGCCACAGACAUGGACGGGGACGGCUCCACCACUACGGCAGUGGCCAUAGUGGAAAUCCUCGAUGCCAACGACAAUGCUCCUGUGUUCGAUCCUCAGAAGUACGAGGCCCGUGCACCUGAGAACGCGGUGGGCCAUGAGGUACUGAGCCUGACAGUGACCGAUCUGGACGUCCCCAACUCACCGGCAUGGCGUGCCACCUAUCGCAUCUUGGAAGGUGACGAUGGGGACCAUUUUACCAUCACCACUCACCCUGAGAGCAACCAGGGUAUCCUGACAACCAAGAAGGGCUUGGAUUUUGAGGCCAAAAACCAGCACACACUGUACAUUGAAGUGACCAACGAGGCUCCCUUUGUAGUGAAGCUCCCCACCUCCACGGCCACCGUACUGGUCCACGUGGAGGAUGUGAAUGAGGCACCCGCAUUUGUCCCGCCCUCCAAAGUGGUCGCGGUCCAGGAGGAUAUCUCAGCUGGGGAGUCUGUCUGCACCUACACUGCACAGGACCCUGACAAGGGGAGCCAGAAGAUCAGCUACCACAUCCUGAGAGACCCAGCAGGGUGGCUAGCGAUGGACCCGCACAGCGGGCAGGUCACCGCUGCAGGAGUGUUGGACCGCGAGGAUGAGCGGUUUGUGAGGAACAACGUCUAUGAAGUCAUGGUCUUGGCCACGGACGAUGGAAGCCCUCCCGCCACUGGCACGGGGACCCUUCUGCUAACACUUAUGGACGUCAACGACCAUGGCCCUGUCCCCGAACCUCGUCAGAUUACCAUCUGCAACCAAAGCCCUGUGCCCCAAGUGCUGAACAUCACAGACAAGGACCUGUCCCCCCACACCUCCCCUUUCAAGGCCCAGCUCACGCACAACUCGGACAUCUACUGGACGGCAGAAGUCAACGAGAAAGGAGAUGCAGUCGCCCUGUCACUGAAGAAGUUCCUGAAGCAAGACAUAUAUGACGUGCACCUCUCUCUGUCUGACCGUGGCAACAAGGAGCAGCCGGCAGUGAUCAGGGCCGCCGUGUGCGACUGCCACGGCCACGUGGAGACCUGCCCCGAGCGCUGGAAGGGGGGUUUCCUCCUCCCCAUCCUGGGGGCCGUCCUGGCUCUGCUGUUGCUUCUGCUGGUGCUCCUCCUGCUGGUGAGAAAGAAGCGGAAAGUCAAGGAACCCCUCCUGCUCCCGGAAGAUGACACCCGUGACAACGUCUUCUACUAUGGUGAAGAAGGGGGCGGCGAGGAGGACCAGGACUAUGACAUCACUCAACUCCACCGGGGUCUGGAGGCCCGGCCCCCGGUUGCUCUCCGCAACGAUGUGGCGCCGGCCUUUAUACUCAGACCCAUGUACCGUCCACGACCAGCCAACCCAGAUGAAAUCGGCAACUUCAUCACUGAGAACAUGAAGGCAGCUGACACGGACCCCACAGCCCCGCCCUAUGACUCCCUGUUGGUAUUCGACUAUGAGGGCAGCGGCUCUGAAGCCAGCUCGUUCAGCUCCCUCACCUCCUCGACCUCCGACCAGGACCAAGACUAUGACUAUCUGAACGAAUGGGGCAGCCGCUUCAAGAAGCUGGCGGACAUGUAUGGGGGCGGCCAGGAUGACUAG